AUGUGGAGAUCUUAUAAAACUGAUACACCGGAACCUGAAGAUGAGAGAAUUAUUGUUGUUGAAGAGACGGAAGAUGUGAAAGAGGAAAAUGCUGAAAAUUUGGAGCAAGAAGAGGAGACCGUUGAGUAAGUUUUUUAGAGGUUAAAGGGAUCUGCAAAAUAUUCGGGUGAAUCGAAUUUUAAGUCCACACUUUCGAUCGGGUAAAAUUUUGAUAUGUAUCAAGAAAAAAAUUUUCAAUGUUUGAUUUUUUGUUUAUGCACUGUGGUUUUUAAUGAUUCAAAAAAUCUGAAAUAGUUUACAGUUUCUGAAUAAGUUCUCAAUAUUCACUGUUUCAAAAAAUAAACCUUCAUUUUCGUAUUUCAAAGUUUCGGGUGAAAAAUCACAAUUUUUUGCGCUUCCCAAAAGUUAACUCACAUAAAAAUUAUUCCAAGAAUUUAUGAUAACUGAUUUCAAAAUUGGGACGCGCAAAAAUGAAUUAAUUUUUCUCUGGUUUCCAAUUGCAAGCAAAUUUUAUUUUUUCAAAAAAUUUAGAGAUUUUUCGUUUGAAAAAUUGAUAAUCUUCAAUUUUCUGCAAGACACUUCUUAGGCUACAGGCUACAGCCAAAAUUAACUUUAAAAUAUUUCACUGUUUCAAAAAAUCUAAUAAUAUUUUUGUCCACUUACCGGUAAGCUAGAAAAAAGAAGUUCGAUUUCAGGAAAAACAAAGAACUUUGAAACAAAUUUCUACUUCUUGAAAAAAUGUGAAAUUUAAAAAUUAAUUGUAAAAUUGAUGGAUCUCUUGAACUCGAACAUUUUUUGUUCUGAAAAUAUUCAAUUAACUCACUGUUUCAAAAUUUUCAUCGAAAUAUUCAAAAGAGUUUUUCCACAAAAAAUUAAUGUUUCAAAAAUGAUCAAAAAUCGUGAAUAAAUUCCGAAAUCAACAGGAUUACUUCAGGGUUAUUUUAAAAAAUCUCCAAAAUACUUGAAGCUGGAAAAGGCGGAUAAAUAACUAGUUAACUUAAACUCAAAUUUCACUGUUUCUAAAAUUUUUUUUAAUUUUCAAGAUAAUUUUGAAAAUCAAUAUUUCCCGCGAAUGUUCAAUGAAAAAUCUAAAUUUUUCACUGUUUCAAUUUGCUUUUGAAAAUUCGAAAACAAUUUCUGGGAUCAAUGUACCUAAAGUCCUUUUCGGAAGGAAACAAAUCGCAACAUUUUUCUCAAAAAUCAGCUUCUGUCUGAAAAACCUAAAAAUCCCUCAAAAAUAGAAAAAUUAUUCAAAUAUGCACAAAAAAAGAUGACAAUAUGACAAUUGUGAAUAAGCCAUGACUAUGACGUCACAAACUUUUUUAUCUUGAAUAAAGUUCGUUUUUCUAAUUUUAGGAAUAAUUUUGAGAUCAGACUUGAAUUUUUGAUAUAUUUUUAGCACACAGUGUAUCUAUAAAUAGAAAUAGUCGAAAAAUUGUUAUUGUGGGUAGGCUGGCUGCCUAUGAGCAUAUGAGCAUCAAUUAUCAUUUGUGUGACGUAAAUCAAUGUUUUUUUGGCUUGUUUUCAAGUUUUCUACCCAAAAUUUUAUUUUUGAUUUUAUUUUUUUCUACGGAGCCACUAGAUUUUUCAAAAGGUUAUUGAUAUUUUUUUCCAAAAAAAAAAUAAAAUUUAGUAAUACUAGUAUUAAUCAUACCCUUCUUCUCAUCCGCUCUCCAAAACUCCGCCUUUUUUUUGCUCAUUUCAAACUUUAUUUUUCUCCUUCUAUCAUAUCAUUUACUUAUCAUUUACUACUAAUUUUACUACUAGUUAGCCUAAUUUAACUUUGAACUUUUCGGUUCAUUUUCAAGGCCAAAGUGGAUUCCACAUUUUUUCCAUCAGCCGGCGCCGUUUUACGGCGAUUAUCAGACGUGACAAUUAGGCGAAGCGCGCGUACAAAAUCUGAUUUGGCCGUCAAAAAUGGCGAUUUUUUGGAUAUUUCGUCGUCGUGUGAGGAGGAUAAUAAUGAAUUACAUGUUCCUGGGUGAGUUCUACCCACAUAAAUUUUCUGUACACGUGUUGAACCGAAAAAUAAAAAUGUUCCCUCACGGGAGGAAUCGAACCCGCGAUGCAAAAUUAAUGAACACAGGUGUGUGCCACUAUACCACCCUAGCUUUUUCGAAAGUCUUGCGAAUUUUGAUGAUAUCAAAGUUGUUUAUCGAAUUUUUCGACUGGCCAGAAGGAUGACUACAAUUAUAGGCUGGCAUGAAAGAGCGUGCUGAAAUCGAUUUUUUUCGAAAAUUUUUGGGCUCUGGCUUUUUGAGGUUUAUGUUAGAGAAAUAUACCAUGAGAAAAUAUUCUGAAAAUCCAGAACACCGAUGAAAUGAUUUUGAAACAGUGAAGUGAAAAUUUGAAACAUAUCGUUUGAAAAAGUGAAAAAUUCGAGAAUUUCUUUAACCAGAAAAUCAUUACAUUUUUAAUGAGUGAAUUUGAUGCUCAGAAAAUAUUUUUUGAAACAGUGAAAUUUUGAUUAAAGAAAAUUCCGGAAAAAUAAUUAUUUUGGACCUAAAAUUGAAUUCCUGGAACUGAAAAACCAAGUGGCAAAAUCUAGUUGAUAAUAUUUUUCGAAACAAUGUUCAACAAGUCUUCUAGUUUUGAAAAAUUCACUCCAAAUUAAUUUUUCCAAGUUUUUUGCGCUGAACACUAUCAAUAUUUUGCAAUUGUUAGAAUAUAGUAAAACGUGUUAACGUUCCCAGCAAGAGUUUUGCAUCACACAAUUUUUGUUGUAUUUUUUUGAAACAGUGAAGUGAAAUUUUGUUUUGGGAACAUUUUGAAAAAAUACUGAUUCGAAUCAAUUUGAAACUAAUAAUAAAAUUCCAACACUGAAAAACCACGUUGAAAAUAUUUUUUAUCCAAAUUCACCAAGAAUUAGUUUUUUAGGCAAUUUCACGGCCAAAACUCGGCAGUUUUUUGGUGCAAAAAAUACAAUUCCAGAAUCUUAGAAGAUUCUGCCAUAUCAUCGCAAAGUUUUUCUACCAUUUUUGAAACAGUGAAAUGUUUUUUCGAGAACAUUUCGGACAAAUCUGAUGAAUUUGAAACUAAUAUUAGAAUUCCAACACUGAAAAACCACGUUGAAAAUAUUUUUUACAAAGUCUGAUUAUUUCACAUUGUAAAGAAAACAAUAAUGAUGAGAUUUUUGAAACAGUAAAAAAUUUAUUUAAUUUUUUUCCAUAAAAAUUUUCCGGAAAUAUCGACAAAGUUUAAUCGACAUAGGAAAACCUGUGAUUCCCAAAAAACAUUUGAUAAUUUUGUGAAACAUUGAAUAAUUAUUUCAUUAAAAAUUGGUAUCAAGAUUCAAGCAAUUCAAAAACUAUCUUUGUAAUUGAUUUUGUUUUAUCUAAAACAAUCUCAUUGUAUUUUUCCAGCCUUCAAAAAUUGUUUACAAAAUUUUGAAACGUACAUUUUUCAUUUUCAUUUUGUUGUAAUUCAUUUAUCCAAAUCUUUGACCGCCAAACAUUUUUCACCAAAUCUAUUUUUGUCUCAAAUUAUCUCAACCUUUCAAUUUUCCAAUUGACGUAAAUAAGAACCCCUAUAUUAUUUUUUUUUUUCGAAAAAUCCCUCUAACUCUAUUUUUACUUUGUCAGAAAAAUAAUUAUCAGUCAUAGUUAGAAAACCAAGGGAGAAAGGUUGUCAUGGAAAUAUCGAAAAAAUAUUUAAUUUGGAGAAAAAAAUUGGGGGAAAAUUUACUGUUUCAGGAAAAUAAGAUAAAAAAUUGGGAAUAAGUAAUAAGAUGAUUUUUUAUAGCGAUCCACAAAGAAAAACACAAUUUGGCACCAGAUAUUCAAGAAAAGAUAAUAUUUUUGCAGUUCCAGAAAACAAUCUCGAUCUGCUUCAAUAACUUCAACAGCUUCGGCCCCAGCUUCACAUGAACUCACACUUCAUGUUCCAAGAAAUAAUUCGACAAGUGUUUCGCCAACUCCAUCAUCUGGAAGCAAUUAUUCGUUUGUGAGUUUGAGUAGAAACAUCCAGAAGUUUUGA